AAUAAGCUCUUUUUGGCGGAUAGAUGUCACUUUCCAGUCUGCGUGGUUGGAUUUGCUGGACCUGACGAAGAAAUACAUUCCUCUGCUCUGCGACAAUCGACAAUCGACGCACUUUAUUGGCGUCAUCAUUAAGCAUCAUCGGAAAGUAGCACACACAGGAUACUGCAGCUGCGUUUUGUGAUUAGUUAAAGACUCUAGUAUAAUUGUAAUUAAUUUGUUAUAAUCGUAAGAUCGUCUGUUUAACGUUACGUUUUAACAGAACAGAUAGCGUACCGGUUUCAUUGAACCUUAUGUCGGAUCCACAGCUGCAGCAUUUGAUGAUCUUGCUUAUAUUAGGCAUUAGCUAGUCGCGAUGGCUUGUUUCUUCAUAAAAUACUUAUUUUAGUUUUAUAGUGUAACUACACCGGUUCAGAUUUCCGUCAGCUUCUGACUCUGGCGCUGUAUGAUAGUGUUAGCUCGUUAAACUUGUGUGAUGGGCAUCAUCACCAGUGUGGUAGUUAGCUAGCCAGCUAAAACAGCGAAGGACCCGUGAAGCCUUUGUGCAACGAUGGUGCUGUCUUUGGUGAGCCUGUGUGCUAAGGAAGUGGUCAGUGACCACAGUUCAUCGCCCCGCUGGCUCGGUAGCGUACCCAGAGAACUGUAUGCGCCGCUUCUCGAAGCAGCAUUCUCCAACUGCCGCCCGCUUGCCAUCGGGGAUUUAGUGCAGAGAUGGCCCGAACGCACCCUGGCAGUGGGGAAGAAAAGAAGACCUGGCCAAACUCCCCCAAAUCGCCUUUGCGUCCAAGCCUUGUUGUUGGCCGUCGUCAGAGGACUGGCAGAGAGAAGGUGUGCCCUGCAAGUUCUGGACCUGUCCGGGCUGCAGUCGGAGGACGAGUGCGUGGAGGACUCCAUGGGUGGCUGGUCGCUGACGGUGGCCCUGUGCUCCAUGGUGCUGCAGGCUAAGCUGGCGGCCCAGAAAGGGGCGAGGAAGGACGUGGAGCGAGAGAGGAAGCGCAGCCUGGAGAACGAGCGCAACCGGGGAGACAGCGCCUCAAAGAGGGACCGCGGAUCAGGUGGCCUGGAAGUGGAGAUGGGCAUUGAGGCACGAGAGGAGGAGGAGGAGGAGGUGGAGGAAGAGGGGAAGAAGAGAGAGGGAGGGGGAGAGCAGGCGGUGAUGGGUGUGCGGAGGAGAAUGGAGAUGCAGAAAAGAAACGGAGCUGCCGUAGAGCAGGAUGGAGGCGGGAGCAGUGACUGUGAGUCUAACCCCAACCCUGUACUGGUGCACAUCUGCGCUGACCUCUUUGUCAACGCCCGAUCCUGGGAGCGCGUGCGUGGGGCCCUCACCUCGAAAGGGCCCCUGAGCCUCCACUGUCGCUACCUCCGUGUGGAGGAACUACCAGCCCCGUCGGUGGCUGCUCUGCUGUCCCUGCUGCCCAAGCAAGGGCUCCUCGGCCUGGAUAUCCGCUACUCGAGCCUGGGGGUGUCAGGCUUGGCCUUGCUCCUGCCUCUGCUGGCGCCUUUCCCCCACCUGCGCUCGCUGAAGCUGCAUUACUGUAACCUGGACCUGCACAGACUUGUGCCGGGGCAGGAGGGUGCUCUGAAGGACAUGUCGCAGGGUCUGUGCGGGCUGAAGGGACUCCGGGAACUCUGCCUCACGGCCUUGAGGUUACCGGGACACCUGCGCUUGUUGCUGAGUUCCCUGUCCCAGCCACUGGAGGUGCUGGAGCUCCCCUACCUGAGCCUGACACCGGCCGACCUGGCCUACCUGUCCUGCAGCCCCCACGCCUCCUCUCUGCGCCGCCUGGACCUGAGCGAGAACCGCCUGGACGAGUCCUCCCUCCCAUCCCUGCGCCGCCUCUUCUCCCAGGCGUCCCUCUCCCUCUCCCAGCUCUCCCUGUGCGGCUGCGGCCUCUCCGACGGCCUCCUGGGGGCGCUCCUCCCCUCGCUGUCCUGCUGCCGGGCAUUGCGGAGCCUCAGGCUCGCCUUGAACCCUCUCUCCCUGGCGGGGCUGCUGUCGCUGGUCAGGACGGCAGCCGGGAUCCCCUCGCUGCAGCUGCUGCAGUACCCCAACGCGUUGGAGGAGUACGAGGCCGGCCUGCCCCCCGUGCCCUCCAGCGCACAGUUGCUGGACUGGCCCCUGUCGGAGGAGGUGGAGCUGAGGGACGCCAUCUUGUUUCAGCUGGAGGAGCUGGUGAGGCAGAGCGGGCGGGCCAGAGACCUCAUGCUCACCUCGGACCUGUUUAACUUCACCAAAGACCUGGUGGAGGUGGAGUAGAUGGGACCUGUUUGGAGGUCCCGAAUUAAUGCUGUUUGUCUUAGGCUGUCUUGAAGGGAGUUUUAUUUUUUUUAAGUGGACAAGAGCGACUUUGGCAGUCAUGCCCCAAGCAACACAAACACUUACGUUGAUUACAGUGCAGCUGAUCGGUGCACAAGCUGUGCUGAGGAGCGAGCCCCCUGAAGGCCUCAGAGAUGUUCUCAGAAGUGAUCUGAACAACAAGGAACUUAAUACUUCACUGCUUGUUAAGCGUCAAGGCUCAGCCAGGAUGUUGUUUAUUCUGGACAGGAUCUGGCCAUGUUUUUUGAAAUAUCACAUUAUUCUGCUUCAUGUAGACAACAGAGCCUCUAGCGUCAAGGACUUAAGUGCACACAACACACCCUUCGAUGUUUGUCUUGGGGUGAUAUGGGGUAGCUUAUAUCUGGUCUUCAUUGUCUUUUUUUUUUUUUUUUUUAAAUCUCUGAAGCAGCAAACGCUGAAACGGCGUUGUCCUUUCAGAGCCCGCUCACAGAAGAAGUGCCUGACAAUCUCUAAGAACAUUUAUGCACAUUCUUUCUUUAUUUACAGUAAGCAUAUGUUACAAAGCUAUAUAUAAUUACUGUGGAUUACAGUAAGCAUAUAUUAAGACUAUAUAUGAUUACUGUGGAUAGAUAGGCCAUGCUGUUACGGUUAAAUACUGUAACAGUGGUGCUUGUUCGAGUUUAGUCCUCCACUGUAAAGCACAUAGAGGGAAACCGCUCUGCCCUAGACGCAGGUGUCAUGGCCACUAAGCUACAGUGCCAUACACCCGAUACAUGGAGCUGGGAACUUGCUAAGUGUGUCCGUGGCAGUUGCAGCUGACUCCUGCGCAAUAACAACCAGGUGCUGAAAGAACCAAAGCAGCAGUAAAGUAGCUUAACCAGAAUUAGAUGCCCGCCCGCUGGCUGCACAUACACACCAUGUGUUUUAUUUUUGGCCAGGCACAUUGUUUUAGCUCAUAUUUUUUGUCAUCGCAUGUGUCCCGCUGAAACCGUAGUCGCAGGGGGUAUCCUAUUUGUCAUUAUCAAAAGCAGGCUUGUCAAGCAUCGGAUGAAUAGAACUUGCCGCUCAUUGGCUCCUUACGUGUGUGUGUGUGUGUGUGUGUGUGUGUGUGUGUGUGUGUGUGUGUGUGUGUGUGUGUGUGUGUGUGUGUGUGUGUGGUCGGUGUUAUUUGGGCGCCAGGAUCACGUGUCGUACGAGAAGUGAGAAGUUAUCCUGCAAGGUUUCCACUAUACCGGGAAAGCACUUGGAACGGGAAAGCACUUGGGACGGCUAAACAUGUUAUCCUGGAAUCUGAAAUCGUUCAUCAAAAGUGACCUGAAUGUAUUCGACACCUGUGUUUUGUUAAUGACAAUUAUGAUGCUUCAUCUCAUACACUUUUUAUUGUGAACUGCUUUGAAUGACUAUUGGUGUGAUCUGAGUGGUUAAUGUUGUACAAAUGCGAACAAAGAUGUUUUAUAAAACCUUAUCAUCCGCACACCCAGGUCUAUAGUGUAAUGACAUGCAUUAAAUAGUGUGUGCUCCUUGUCAUUCUAAACAAAACAAAUCUGUGUCUGGCCAAGCCCACUCUUUGUUUUGUAUUGACACCAUCUCUAAGAUGCUACGGCACUGUAAUUGACGCUAGA